CGUGCGGCCGUUGGCGGCGGUUGUGCGCGGCUCGAGGGCGCCGGUAUGGAGCUGCGGAUUGUGCUCGCGCUCUGGUUGUUGGCGGCGGCGGCGGCGGACGCCGGAGGGCUGCAGGCGGAUGGUGGCUGGAAGACAGAACACUCCACACAGAUGGUUGACCAAGGACCCUGCAGUGUGGAAGUGAGAGACACUUUGACCUAUUCUGAAUUUGUUCACCGGUACGCAUAUUCUAAGCCAGUGAUUAUCCGAGGAAUCACACAGAAUGAGCAAUUCCGGGCUCUCUGUUCAAAGCAAAGUCUCCUGCAAGAGUUUGGAAAUCGGUUGGUGAGAUUGAGCACAGCAAACACUUACUCCUAUCGGAAAGUUGAUGUUCCUUUUAAAGAAUAUGUGGAACACAUGAUGAAGCCACAGUCUUUGGAUUCCUUGGGAAGCGAUACAUUCUACUUCUUUGGAGAUAACAAUUUUACAGAGUGGGACUCGCUGUUCAGGACAUAUAUCCAGCCUCCAUACCAACUACCUGGGACAACUGGGGCUUACAGUUUCGGGAUCGCAGGUUCAGGGACAGGAGUGCCAUUCCACUGGCAUGGAGCAGGAUAUUCUGAAGUUAUUUAUGGAAGGAAGCGCUGGUUUCUUUACCCACCGGAGAAAACACCAGAGUUUCACCCAAAUAGGACUACACUCUCCUGGAUAUUUGAUACAUAUCCGUAUUUGUCAGAAGUGGACAAACCCCUGGAAUGCACCAUUCACCCAGGCGAGGUGUUGUAUUUUCCAGAUCGUUGGUGGCAUGCAACCCUUAAUAUCGAUACCAGUGUCUUCAUUUCCACGUUUUUAGGAUAACCCUGUAACUCUAAACUUACGUGACAUGUAAUUUGAAAACCUCAACCUUCCAAUACAACUUCCUGAAAUGGGAAUAGCAAUGAAUAGGAUUCUAAAAAGCCACUGCAGUCCAUCUGGCAUCAAGAUGGUUUGAAGAAACCUUUUUGUAACCACACAUUUCUAAGAGUCUCUGCUGCCCUCUUCAUAUUUAGAGAGGCAGAGUGGUUUGGUGUGGGAAGGAGAGAGCUUGGAUAAAAUCUCCAAAGAGCUGUGUUUGAGUCAGGACUUUUGCUUGUAGCACCUCUUCAGAGGAAGAUUAAAUUCUUUUGACCUCCAUAGAUUCCAUUAAAGACACUUUAAUAAAGCAAAAUUGCUGCAGCUAAAAGAAAGUGUCGGAAGAGACCCUGCUAUAUCCUGUGACCCUGUGACCUGAUUCCCACUUUGGAGUGUAAAAGUGACUGCAUAAUGUACCGUCAUUGAGUAUGGUGCUGCAAAAGCACAGCUGGUCAAGUAGCAGAGGGGCAGGAGAAUAGAUGUUUCGAGCAUAAGCUCUUCAUCAGGAAUGAAGAACUUGUGCUCAAAACAUAGAUUCUCCUGCUGCUCAGGUGCUGCCUGGCCUGCUGUGCUUUUACAGCACCACACUCAGACUCUGAUCUGCAGUCCUCACUUUCUCCUGCAUGUUGUACUGUUUAGUUAUUUUCUUUUGUUCUCAAUAUUUCAAGGCAAGAACUUUGUGCCCAUCCAUAAUUGCCUAGAAUAUGGUGAUAAUCCAUUGCAGCUGCUCUCCCCUCAACAGUUCAGCUCUUUGUUGACAUCUGGACUAAGACUGCAAUGAGUUUAGAAGCCGAGGGGACCUGGCAGAACCUGAACUGAAGUGGUUAUUCCUUGGCAGUUGCCAAUUACUAAUACUAUGUCAACUCCAUCAUCACUUGGUCAGAGAAGGCUUGUUCUUGAUUCAGCAAAGAACAAAAUACUCCAGAUGCCAUGGAGACAGAAUCAACAAUGGCUACCUACUCUGGACAAAUAAGUGUAUUGAAAUUAAAAGAUCAAUAAACA